AUGGAACGUGGGGAGCACAAGAAAGGGAGCAGGCUGGAGCAAGGUCCGCCUGUCAGCAUCAAGUCGUUCCAGCUUGAGUCUGUUCAGUUGAAUGUGAGCGAAGGGGUCAAGGUGUAAUGUGGUCGACAUUGGUAAUUCUUGAUUCGUAAUUUCAUGAAGUCUGACCUCUGCUGCCGCGCAUCGCCGUCGCCGUUCUCAGGGCGACAAACGUGCUCACGGCGGUUCCGCGUCUUCACGCGCGGCAGCGUGCAGGCUGCAGAGGCUGCCCCUGCGUGAGCGCAGGCGAGGCCGCUGACCCUCCACCCAGCAUGAUACUCAUCGAGAACAUUCUCUAUUUCGCAGCCCAGUCGACCGCGUCUCGCUGCUCCGCUUUCCAACGGGAUCUUGAUGUUUUCGCAAGUCUGCUUCUGAUGCUUCUGCACCGUGACUAGGAUUGCCGCACCCCUGCUCAUCAUUCUUGGUAUAGCUCGGAGCGAAGCUCCAAGGGCGUUGGUAUCUGCAUCACUGAGGUAGUGCCAGAUUCUCUGCCAUCUCCCGCGUGGGCCUCGAGUGCAGAGCUUCUGCGCGAGUCAGACCACGCACGUGAACGCAGCAAUGACGUCGACCCAAGAAGAUUCACAGGAGGCGUCAGGGGACUUCACUUUUCAAAAGGUCAGACGAGGUCGCAAAGGCAAGAGGGGACAAGCUGCAGCAAGAUGGACGGCUCCAUCAUUUGCACCUCAUCCGCAUCGUGCGGACUUGGAGCAAAGCAAGACUCCCGAGCAAGCUGCUGCGCUUUUGAGCCGACGAAGAGAGAUUGUCCUCGGCAAGCGCAGAUUGCUGGAUGGCCACGAUGCAGACGAAAGGACAAUGGUCGCUGUAGCAGGCGAGUCCCUGAGAUGCCAUCUCGAACUGUUCUCAUCCUUCAGUAUACUCUCUGACCGAGCCGCGCGACGUACUGCAUCUUAUCACUCACAGAGUGUGUGCGCAAAGCCUUGGGAGACCAAAGUGCCGCAGAAGAUGAGCGAUGGGCUACCAUUUCACAGAGCGCAGUGCGGUCUGCAGAUUCAUUACGCCCAGCUCAUAUCCUUCAUCUAGGACUGGGCAGCGUCAAAGACAAUCGGAUAGCUCAGUUUCAGCUUGGCUUCCUGCUGCUUCUCAGAGAUCAGCUUGGUGGAGAAGCCUGCAGCGUUCAAGGCUUUGACCCGAUUUGGACGAAGGAGGAUACAGACUUGCUGGGGUCUUUUGGUCUUACAUGUCUCUCCAAGAACGAGCAGGGUUCGUACGUUCUGGAGCAACCAACGCUAGUGUACAUGCCCCACUGCGGUCGAUCGCUCUACGAGUCAAUUCUCCGGGCAAAUUGGAGCAUCAAAGGUCUUCAAAAUCUGCUGCUCUGUUCGAACGGGUUCGACAAGUAUGCACAAUUGUCCAACGACCUAAAGAGAAAAGCGCCUUGCAUGCACAGGAUACUACCCCACCUUCACGUCAUGCCCCUUCCGUCCAUACCCGCUCCUAAUCAUGAUUCGCUCAACGACCUCGUUUUUCAGCGUUUUGCUCCGACACUUCAAGCGGCAGAAAGGCAGUCGCGGGAGGGCAGCGCGAACGCGUCGUCCGUCGACGGCCUUGCCGCGCAUAUGAGACACACACUAUCCCUCGAUCCUCCUAUCACGCCAUGGAAACCAGGCUUCUGGGAGCUGCCGCCUCUAGACCCACAGCAACUCGGUAAAGAUCCUGAAUUACAGUGA